AUGAGAAGUCCUGCGACGGUAAAAGAGGUCCAGCAGUUGACAGGGAGGAUGGCCUCCCUCUCUCGGUUCCUUUCAAAGGCAGCGGACAAGUCGCUCCCCUUGUUUCGAUGUUUGAGAAAGAACGACCGGUUCGCGUGGACAGAUGAAUGUGAAAGAGCAUUCGGCGAACUCAAGCAGGCUCUCACCUCGCCGCCAAUCCUCUCCAAACCGCAAGCCGAUCUCCCUUUGCUGAUGUAUUUGUCGGCAUCCGAUAGUGCCAUCAGCACGGUCUUAGUACAGGAAAGAGGUAACUCCCAAUCGCCCAUUUAUUUUGUUAGCAGGGUGUUACAAGGAGCAGAGGUUCGUUAUCAGAAGAUCGAGAAAUUAGCCCUUGCGAUACUGGUUACAGUGCGGAAGCUAAGACAUUAUUUCCAGAGUUACGAGGUGGUAGUCCGAACAGAUCAUCCGAUUAGGCAAGUACUACAGAAGCCCGACCUGGCAGGAAGGAUGAUGAAGUGGUCUGUAGAGCUAUCAGAGUAUUCCAUCAAGUAUGAACCGAGAGGAGCAAUCAAAGCUCAAACGCUAGCUGACUUCGUGAUGGAACUAACUUCACCGGCUGAGGAAGGCAGUAUUGAAGAGACACAGUGGAUCCUAUCGGUGGAUGGAGCCUCGAACCUUGGAGGAAGUGGAGCGGGAAUCGUCUUGGAAGGACCGGGAGGAAUUUUGUUGGAACAAUCAUUGCGAUUCGAGUUUCGAGCAAGCAAUAACCAGGGCGAGUAUGAAGCGUUGUUGGCCGGUAUGGCAUUGGCAAAGGAAAUGGGGGCGACGAGUUUAUCAGCACGAAGUGACUCCCAACUGUUCACGGGGCAGGUAGCCGGCACCUUCCAGGCGAAAGACCCUCAACUGGCUAAGUACCUGGAAAAGGUUAAGCUCUUAUCGGGAAAUUUCCGAGAGUUCACACUUAACCACGUACCACGAGAGCAAAAUUCGAGGGCCGACUUGCUCUCUAAGCUUGCAAGCACAAAGAAGCCAGGAGCCACUCGGUCAGUUAUCCAAGAGACGCUAGCACAACCAAGUAUAAACGAGGCGCAAGGGAACGUCCUAUUCAUCCAGGAAGAGCUUAAUUCGUGGAUGGGACAGUACAUCGCAUAUCUAACUCGGGGGGAAUUACCGGAAGACAAAAGGGAGGCAUCGUUGGUGCAAAAGGAGUCGGCCAUGUUCGUAGUCAUCAACGAAAGACUGUACUGA